UUUCACAGUCAAUGCGGAGGAAGAGAAAUAUGAUUGCGGCUGUUCUCCUGUUGUGUGCUGUCAGCGCACUCGGCUCUGAUGGUGCGGAGACCCAGAAUUGUGUACCCAGUUAUGAGGUGGCGUAUUUACUGCCAGCUGAUUAUCUGAAUGAAUCUGAUCCUGUCACGAUGGACCUGUUUAUGGGUAAGAAACUGGUCAUCUCCCUGAAGGGCCUCCCUGGAUCUCCUACCUGCCACUGGAACAGAACAGAUCAUUCAGAAAUGACAAUAAACGGGAGUCACGCCAUGGUUAUAUCAGCACUGUCUGAGAAAGAUUCAGGGACGUACACGCUGACUUGUCAAACAAACUCCGCUCAGUCAUCAGUAACUGUGAAUCUUAAUGUAUUGAGACCUCCAACAAGACCACGGCUGAUGCUGGACCGUGUAAAUCAACGAAUGACAUCCCCCCGUUUUAAAUGCACCUCUGAGGGCUUCCCAAGGCCCAAAAUACAGUGGUCUGGAGGGAACACAGGGACAUGUGUUACUGUAGGGAAUGAAGGUGCAGAGAGCAGCGUAUCAGGUUCAAACUAUCCUACGUCUGAAGCGAUGUGUUGUGCUACUAACACUGAAGGACAAGAAUGCUCUCAACUCUAUGACUAUGACUGCGAGUGGUUCACAAGCUGAGGUUUCUAACUUGACCCUGAGCCCUGGUCAGACUUUACUUCUUCGCUGUCAAAAACGAGGUUAUACUGAGCCAUACCCAGUGUGGGAGAAGGAUGGCGAAAG